AUAUACAGUUCAUGUAAACACAUGAGCUUCUCUUGUUUAACUUCAAAUGAUUCCUAUUUGAUGAUCUUGUUGAAAUUUCAGGCGUUUAAAAAUACCAAUUUAGGAAAUGAAAGUGGAAUGAUCCAGUAUUGUGUAAAAGUGUCUUUAGUUUGCAAAUAAAUGAAUGUAUGAAACUUUAGAGUAUCUUAGGUCUUAGAAAUUAUAAUUAAAGGAUCUAAUUUUAAGGACUUUUUGUUUGACAUGUUAAUGUUAAGAAAAAGCAAAGUACCCUCAGAAAUCUCUUUUCGAGGGGAGAAAAACAAAGCAAAACUAUAAGAUCCAAUUUUGUUGUUCAUUCAGUUGCUAUGUAACUCAGCUUUGUUGUGAUAGCCACAUGCUUUGUGCCCUAGGAUUGGCAACUGUUUAUUACCGAUUGUAAUGAAGAUGAUUAAAUUUAAUUUUGUGCCUUUGAGUUUUGCCCAGGAUAUCACGGAAUGGGAUUACACGAGUAUUUUUCUGACUUGAUAAAAGAUGGAUUACUACCCCUAAGACUUAUAACAAAUUUUGUAUUGAAAAUUAAGAUUCAAACAUGCAUAUUACAGUAAAAGCCUAGAACUAAGCUUAUGACUAAGUUGGAUUUAGAUCAUUGAAUUCUUCGUAUUUUGUAUAGUUUUAUCUUCUUUAAGUCAGAAAAGUUAGAUAAUGCAGCAGACCAUUUCUUAAAGCAGUUUGCUUGGUUUUUUAUUAGCAGCCUGUAUCCAAGCCCUCCGUCUCUGGGUAUUGCUUGCCACCUGUGCUGUUGUUCUAGGACAAAACAAGGACAGAAGAACUCAAAGUGCCUUAAGGAAGAUUGGAUAACCAAGAAAUGACUAAUCAAGAGUCUGCUGUACAUGUGAAAAUGAUGCCAGAAUUCCAGAAAGGUUCUGUUCGCAUCAAGAACCCUGCAAGAGUAGAAGAAAUUAUCUGUGGUCUUAUCAAAGGAGGAGCUGCCAAACUUCAGAUAAUAACAGACUUUGAUAUGACACUAAGUAGAUUUUCCUACAAAGGGAAGAGAUGCCCAACUUGUCAUAAUAUCAUUGACAACUGUAAACUGGUUACAGAUGAAUGUCGAAAAAAGUUAUUCCAACUAAAGGAAAAAUAUUACGCUAUUGAAAUUGAUCCUGUUCUUACCAUAGAAGAGAAGUACCCUUACAUGGUAGAAUGGUAUACUAAGUCACAUGGUUUGCUUGUUGAACAAGCUUUACCAAAAGCUAAACUUAAAGAAAUUGUGGAAGAAUCUGACGUUAUGCUCAAGGAAGGAUAUGAAAAUUUCUUUGAUAAGCUCCAACAAUACAGCGUCCCGGUGUUCAUAUUUUCGGCUGGGAUUGGUGAUGUACUAGAGGAAGUUAUCCGUCAAGCUGGUGUUUAUCAUCCAAAUGUCAAAGUAGUGUCCAAUUUCAUGGAUUUUGAUGAAAAUGGGGUACUCAGAGGAUUUAAAGGAGAAUUAAUUCAUGUAUUUAACAAACAUGAUGGUGCCUUGAAAAACACAGAAUAUUUCAGUCAACUCAAAGACAAUAGCAACAUAAUUCUGUUGGGAGACUCCCAAGGAGACUUAAGAAUGGCAGAUGGAGUAACCAAUGUUGAACAUAUUUUGAAAAUUGGAUAUCUAAAUGACAGAGUGGAUGAACUUUUAGAAAAGUACAUGGACUCUUACGAUAUUGUUUUAGUAAAAGAUGAAUCCUUGGACAUAGCCAACUCUAUCUUACAGAAGGUUCUAUAAAUAAGCAUUCAUCAGGAAGAUCUCUCUCCCAUGGGAGCAGUUGAUUCAAAAACUGUUAUUUGUUCAUCUUGCUCUGAAAGAAUCUUAUUUAUAAUAUACCCUUGCUUUUAAAGUUUUCCUUUACGUAAGUAUUUUCAGACAUGUCGAAUCCAUCAAUUGUUGUUUUAUGAUGCAGUUGAGUCAAUUCCGGCUCAUAGCAACCCCAUGUACAACAAAAAGAAACACUGCCACGGCCUGCACCAUCCUCACAGUCAUUGCUGCGUUUGAGCCCAUUGUUGCAGCCACUGUGUCAGCCCAUCUUGUUGAGGGUCUUCCUCUUUUUUUGCUGACUCUCUGCUUUACCAAGUGUGAUAUCCUCUUCCAGGAACUGAUCCUUCCUCUCCUGUUGUGGUCAAGUCGAUUCUGACUCGUAGCAAUCCUGUAGGACAGAGUAGAACUGCCCCAUAGGGUUUCCAAGGAGCAGCUAGUGGAUUCGAACUGCCGACCUUUUGGUUAGCAGCUGAGCUUUAAACUAUUUGCUCCUGAUAAUAUCCAGUGAGAUGAAGUUUGCCAUCCUUGCUUGUAAGGAGCAUUCUGGCUGUACUUCUUCCAGGACAGAUCUGUUCAUUCUUCUGGCAGUCCAUGGUAUAUUCAGUAUUCUUUCCCAAUACCAUAAUUCAAAGCUCCAUCAACUGGAAGCCCUUUUUUUCUCCGCUUCUCUCAACACACUCCCCAUCAUAUUUUUUAACAGAUUUAAAAAAAAAAAAUCUUAAAAGCAAAACUAGAAAAAUAACUCCCUACUUUUCCAAAGUAGAUUUUGUACUUUAAUUUUAUCAUGCAUUUUUUAAGAGUCCUUUUUACACUGGGAAGGUUUGUGGGAGUUUUAAAAAAUUUUGUGAAAUGGUCAGAUAAUGUGCAUGAUUUGAGUGAAUUAUGCUGAUGGUAUCACCAUCUUCUGAAAUUACGUUUGGUUAUUUUGUUUGGGGAAAAUCAAUAUUUACCAGAAAAGACUGGCACUUGGUGUUUGGUGAAAAAACUGUUGGUGUCCACAUGUCACUAAUCAUUACAAAUGUUCUAUACUGAAGCACUGAUAAUAAACAUGAAAUGGAAAAUCUUUUUAAUCCUACUGUUAAGACUGUCAUUAUUCAUUCAACAAAUAUUUAUUGAGCACCUUUCAUGUUUUUCUUUCCUUUCUUUUUGGUGAUAUAUAAAUCAUAAUGUCCUUGUAAUGGCUGUUUAGACUAAAUAUUUUCAAAAUCUAUACAUUAUCAAGGUUAAGGAUAAAAAGAUAAUUUGCAGAGAAAAUUUAAUCUACCCUUUAGAAAAUAUUGGGGCCAAUAAAAAUUUUCCCACACUGAAAAUACAUCAGUAAGAUAGGGGACUUUAUUGUUUAAGUCUAGCAGAGUUUCAGAAACAGCCACAGUCAGGAAACAAAGUGUAGUUGGUUCACAUGGAACUAAUGUUCCCCUCUGCAGUCGAACUUCCCAUUCUGAAUUUAUGCAGCCCCAUAAUUGGUUUGCACAAGGCUUAGACUUGCCAUUUUGCUAAAUUUGACCCUGACUCUAAUCCUUGAGCUCUAGAGCCUAUUAGCAACUAACUGGUUUUCUUAUGGCUACUGAACUGUGAUACACACAUGAUCUGAUUGGUCUGGUCAUUUAGUCAACCAUUUUUAGUUUAAUCAGAUGUGACAAGAAGGCAAGGUCACAUGACAAACCUUUUUUCCCUACAGCAGAACAUCUAUAUUCUCUACUACUUCUUUCUAUGUAAAGUAAAUAAUGAAAGUAUGCAGUAGCAAAAAGUAGCCUAUUCCAUACUUUGGUAAUCUCAAAAUCAAGCUCAAAGCCAAACUCCUUGCAUUAAACCAGAUAGCACGGCAUGUGAAUAUCAGAAUUACCUGGAGCAAUUUUCUACUUAGGAAGACCAGUUGGGAAACACUGAUCUAAUGAUAGCGCUCUACCCCUGCCAGCAGAGCUUGUUGAAAUUCUUUCCAAAGAUUUCCCUAGGGAAUUUAUAAUACGCUUCCAUAAAUAAGGCUGCAUGGUAGAAAUGUAAAGCAUACUAAAGUUAUGACCUGCGUUCUUGGCUCAGCCCCAGAGCUUCAGAAUGAAGGCCUUGAGAGCAUGCACUCUCUAAAGUGCUUUCUAGCCAGUACCAUGAGAACCAUCAGUUAUCAAGCCAACGCUGCAAGAAAGCAAAAGAGACCUACAUAAAUGGAAAAGCAUACCAUUCUCAUGAACAGGAAGAUUUAACAUUGUGGAAAACGUCAAUACUGCCCAAAGCGAUCUAUAGAUACAAUGAAAUCCCUAUCUAAAUUCCAACAGCAUUCUUUAAUGAGAUGGAAAAACUACUCACCAGCUUUAUAUGGAAAGCAAAGAGGCCCCAGAUAAGUAAAGCAUUAUUGAAGAAGAAGAACAAAAUAGGAGGCCUCACACUACCUGAUCUUAGAACCUACUAUACAGCCACAGUAGACAAAACAGCCUGGUACUGGAACAGUGACAGACACACAGACCAAUAUAAGGGAAUUGAGAACCCACACAUAAAUCCAUCCACCUAUGGACAGCUGAUCUUCAACAAAGGGACGAAGUCCAUUAAAUGGGGAAGAGACAGUCUCUUUAACAAAUGGUGCUGGCAAAACUGGAUGUCUAUCUGUAGAAAAAUGAAAUAGGACCUAUACCUCACACCAUGCUAACUCAAAUGGAUGAAAGACCUAAAUAUAAAACCUAAAACUAUAAAGAAUCCCUGGUGGCGUAGUGGUUAAGAGUUCAGCUGCUAACCAAAGGCCAGUAGUUCAAAUCCACCAGCUGCUCCUCAGAAACCCUAUGGGGCAACUCUGUCUUACAGGGUCGCUAUGUGUUGGAAUCAACUGGAUGGCAACAGGGUUUUUUGUUGUUUUUUUUUUUUAACUAUAAAGAUCAUCAAAGAAAAAAUAGGGAUGACAUUAGGGGCCCUACUACAUGGCAUAAAUAGAAUACCAAAUAUAACUAAAAGUGUACAAACAGCAGAAGAUGAACUAGAUAAAUGGGACCUCCUAAAAAUUAAGCACUUUUGCUCGUCAAUGGUUUCUCCAAGAGUAAAAGAACCUACAGACUGGGAAAAAAAAAUUUUGGCUACAACAUAUCCCACAAGGGUCAAUUCUGUAAUAUAUGUAGAAUUUCAACACCUCAACAACAAAAAGAAAAACAAUCCAAUUUAAAAAUGGUUAAGGAUAUGAACAGACACGUCACAAAGAAGACAUUCAGGGGCUAACAAACACAUGAAGAAAUGCUCACCAUCUUAAGCCAUUCCAAAAAAAAAAAAAACCCUUGCCGUCAAGUUGAUCCUGACUCAUAGUGACCCUAUAGGACAAAGUAGAACUGCCCCAUGGGGUUUCCAAGGAACACCUGAUGGAUUCAAACUGCAGAUCUUUUGGUCUUAACCACUGUGCCACCACGGCUCCCAUUAGCCAUUAGAGAGAUCCAAAUCUAAACUACAAUGAGAUACCAUCUCACCCCGACAAUAAUGGCACAAAUCAAAAAAAUAGAAAAUAACAAAUGUUGAUGAGGUGGGAAGAUUGGAACUCUAAUGUGCUGCUGGUGGGAAUGUAAAAUGGUACAACCACUAUGGAAAAUGGUAUGGCACUUCCUUAUAAAGCAAAAAAUAGAAAUACCAUAUGAUCCAGCAGACCCACUCCUCGGUAUAUGCUCUAAAGAAAUAAGAGCUGUGACACAAAUGGACGUGUACACAUCCAUGUUCAUUGCAGUAUUAUUCACAAAAGCAAAAAGAAACAAGUGCCCAUCAAUGGAUGAAUGGGUAGACAAACUGGUACAUACAAUGGAAUACUACACAACAAUAAAAAAUAACGAAUCCUUGAAACAUCUCACAAACAUGGAUGAAUUUGGAGGACAUUAUGCUGAGUGAAAUAAGCCAAUCACAAAAGAACAAAUAUUAUAUGAGAUCACUAUUAUAAAAAAAAAAGAUUUACCCGUUUCCAUCAAGUCUAUUCUGACUCAUAGUGACCCUAUAGGACAGAGUAGAACUGCCAUACAGGGUUUCCAAGGAGUGGCUGGUGGAUUCCAAAUGCUGACCUUUUGAUCAGCCAUAGGUCUUAACCACUGCACCACCAGGGCUCCAGAAAAGGUUUACACAAAGAAAAAAAAAAAAAAAUUCUUUGAUGGGAUGGGGAGGGAGGGAAAACUACUAACUAGAUAGAAGACGUGUUAAUAUUGGUGAAGGGAAAGGCAAAGCACAAUAUGGGGACGUCAAUACAACAUGACCAAAGCAAAGGAAGACACUGAGAGGAACACAUGAAUAAAGGGCAACUUCAGGUUUUUUUGUUUUUUUUUUCCCCUUGGUAAUUAACAGACAACCCUGCAACGAUAGUAUUAACAAGCAAUAAUUUACAAAUGAAUACAUAGGUAGUUAGGUAUGUUAAAGAGGUAUGGGAGGGUAUAAGGGAGCACACCAACCUGCAGAUAGCGGUUUGCUUGUGGACAUUUUUAUAUACAUAACUCUAGGUGCUGAAAGUAUAUUAAUAUAGACAAUAGAGUACACAAGGGGCAGAGUCAUGGCAACCUCUUAGACAUAACCAAAUAUCUGAGACGAAGUUCCUAGGCUUGAAGGGGAAGGACCACAGGCUUGGGGGACAUCUACGUCAACUGGCACAACAUAGUUCAUGAAGACAACGUAGUUCAUGAAGACAAAGUUCUGCAUCCAACUUUAGUGAAUAGCCUCUGGGGUCUUUAAAGCCUGUGAGUGGCCAUCUAAGAUACAACUAUUGGUCUCUUCCCUUUCAGAGCAAAGAAGAGUGAAGAAAACCAAAGACUCAAGGGAGCAGUUAUUCCAAAGAACUAAUGGACCGCAGGAACCAUAACCUAUAUUACCUGGAGACCGGAACUAGAUGGUGCCUGGCUGCCACUUGCUGAUGGCUCUGACUGGGAUCACAACAGAGGGUCCCGGACAGAGCAGGAGAAAAAGAUAGAACAAAAAAUCAAAUUCACAAAAAAGACCCUACUUGUCUGACAGGAGGAACCCCCAAGACUAUGGCCCUAAGACACCCUUUUGACCUGGAACUGACGCUAUUCCUGGAGACCACCUUUCAGCCAAACAAGAGACAGGCCCAUAAAAUAAUAACACUCGAGAAGAAUAUGUUCCUUAGAACAAUCAAUUAUAUGCAAUCAAAAGGACAACACUUGCCCAAAAGCAAAGAUGAGAAGACAGGAAGGGGUAGAAAAUCUGGAUGAAAGGAAACGGGGAGCCCAGGGCAGAAAUGGGGAGUGCUGACACAUUAUGGGGAAUGCAACAAAUGUCAUGGAACACUUUCAAAUGGAAAACUAAUUUGCUCUGUAAACUUUCACCUAAAGUACAAUAAUUUUUUUUUUUUUUUUAAUUAUCAAAGAGUAAUUUUCCCUACAGACUGGGAAAAUUUUUUUGGCUAUGACAUAUCUGACAAGGGUCUAAUUUCUAAAAUCUACAGAAUGCUUCAACACUUCAAUAACAAAAAGACUAUUCAAUUAAAAAAUGGGCAAAGGAUAUGAAGACACUUCAUUCACCAAAGAAGACACUCAGGCAGCUAACAGACACAUAUGGAAAUGCAAAUCAAAACCACAAUGAGAUACCAUCUCACCCCAACAUUAAUGGCACUAAUAACAUUAAAAAAAAAAAAAAAAAACAGAAAAUGACAAAUGUUG